GCAAGAUCACAAACAACAAUUAAAAAUUCUCUCCCCUAAAAGUUUCAAAUCAACUAAAUAGUUAAAUACACACAUCAUAGUCAUAUAUAAAAGCACCUAACCGGUGUACUUAUUAGUAACGCUUUUAUUAUUAGUGACACAAAUAUUAUUCGUUGCAAUUUCAUACUACCUAAGGAAAUUAUAUAUUAAACUCAUGCAGCGUUUGUCAGCAACGUUGUACCGGAAGGUUGCUCGUCCGGCGUGUGACGUGUUCAUCAACCACCGUGGGAUCGACACGAAGCGAAACAUCGCCGGGCUGUUGUACGACAGCCUCACGAGGAAUGGUGUAAGAUCUUUCUUGGACAGCAAGAAUAUGAAGCCUGGGGAUAGACUCUUUGAUCACAUUGAUAGGGCUAUUGUUGGAAGCAAGGUUGGUGUUGCCGUCUUCUCCCCUCGCUAUUGCGACUCCUAUUUCUGUCUCCAUGAGCUCGCUCUGCUCAUGGAGUCCAGAAAGAGAGUCGUUCCUAUUUUUUUCGACGUCAAGCCUUCGAAUCUUCGUGUUAAGGACAAUGGAACUUGUCCUCCUAACGAGCUUCGAAGGUUUGACUUAGCUCUCCAGGAAGCCAAGAACAUUGUGGGUCUAACCUUUGAUUCUUCUAAAGGGGACUGGUCGGAGUUGUUAAGGGAUGCUUCGGAUGCAGUAAUGGUGAACUUGAUGGAGGUAGAGGAAGAAAGGAAGCGCAUGAAGAUGAGGGUGUAAUUGUGAUACAGUGGAAAUUCAGGUGCAGUCGACUUUAGGUGAAGUUGAUAGCUAAGAGUUGUUAGAUGAUUUGACUAAUUUGACUAAAUUUUCAUCUAACAGCUAUCCGCUAUCAACUUCAUGUAAAGUCGAUUGCACCUGAAUUUUCACCUUUAAUUAUACCUCAUUCAUUUCAGUGCUGGUUCAUUCUUCAACCAUGGUAUAUAUAGUAAAAUUAAAUAACACAUAAACAUUCGUUUAUUUUUUGAAGUGUAUGGGGGUGAUUGAAAUUUAAAACCAUAUGCUUCCCUAGCAAUAUAUAACAUUAAUGAUGUAUCAUAUCAUUCAAUAUUCUUUGGCCUGAAGUAGCUUAAUUAAUUGGUUUAGGCUUCAAUUCAUUUGUAUUACCAAAUUCUUUAAUUUCUUAUUCUUUAUUUUUAGGUGGUUUAUUUUUUGCUAUCUAAAUUCUUGUAUCUU